GUUUCGUCGCUCUCACGGUUUUUUCAGUUCGCUCUACUUCAUCCACCAGACCACCUCUUUUUUCUCUUUCCACACAGCAAACAUGGCCAAGGGAAAGCGCUCCGCUGAUGCCAAGGGCAGCCAGAAGCGCCAGAAGAAGGUGCUCCGCGACAACAUCCGCGGCAUCACCCGCGGCUCCAUCCGCCGCAUGGCCCGCCGUGGCGGCGUGAAGCGCAUCUCGAGUGAGAUCUACGAGGAGGUGCGCCGCGUGCUGAAGGCCUACGUCGAGGACGUCGUGCGCUCCAGCACCGCGUACACCGAGUAUGCGCGCAAGAAGACGGUGACGGCGUCGGACGUCGUGAACGCGCUGCGCAAGCGCGGCCACAUCCUGUACGGCUACGCGUAAAGCGCCGGCCAUCUGGCGUGGCAUUGCGACGGCUGCUCUGCACCUUCACGCGUUGUGGUGCAAAAAACACUGCACACCAUAGAUACAUUUUGUUUCCUCGUUUAUACACCCACUCCCCUCUAUUUGUUUGGAAUGUUCGCCCUCCUUUAAUGGGGAGUUCAGAAGAUCGAAA